AUGGCUGAUAUCAGAACCCAAGGGCUUAUAGAGCCUGUCGACGUCGUCGAAUACCUCUUCAGGAGACUCCAUGAGGUCGGUGUCCGCUCCGUUCACGGCCUUCCCGGUGACUUCAACCUCGUUGCCCUCGACUAUCUUCCCCAGUGCGGCCUGAAAUGGGUUGGUAAUGUCAACGAGCUCAACGCCGGCUACGCUGCCGAUGGUUACGCCCGUGUCAAGGGCAUCUCUGCCAUCAUCACUACAUUCGGUGUUGGCGAGCUCUCCGCCAUCAACGCUCUCGCCGGUGCCUACUCAGAACACAUUCCCGUCGUACACAUUGUCGGUUGCCCCUCUACGAUCUCUCAGAAGAACGGCAUGCUCCUGCACCACACCCUUGGCAACGGCGACUUCAACGUCUUCUCCAACAUGAGUUCUCAAAUUUCAUGCGAUGUUGCGCGCCUCAACAACCCCGCCGAGAUUGCCAACCAGAUCGAUCAUGCUCUCCGAGAGUGCUGGAUCCGCAGUCGCCCCGUCUACAUUAUGCUCCCCACCGACAUGGUCCAGAAGAAGAUCGAGGGCCAGCGCCUGAACAAGCCCAUCGACCUCGAGGAGGCCAUCAACGACCCUGACAGAGAGGACUACGUUGUCGACGUCGUCCUCAAGUCCCUUCAUGCCGCCAAGAAGCCCGUCAUGCUGAUUGACGCCUGCGCUAUCCGCCACCGCGUCCUCCCCGAGGUUCAUGCACUCCUUGAGAAGACAAAGAUUCCUGUCUUCGUAACGCCCAUGGGAAAGGGUGCCGUCAACGAAUCUCACCCCAACUACGGCGGUGUUUAUGCCGGUACCGCUUCGCAACCCGAUGUUGGUGAGCGACUCGAGUCCUCAGACUUGAUCUUGUCCAUUGGUGGUCUCAAGAGCGAUUUCAACACCGCUGGAUUCUCUUACAGAACAUCGCAGCUGAACACCAUCGACUUCCACAGCACACACAUGAGAGUCAGAUACUCUGAAUACCCUGGCAUCACCAUGCGCGGAGUCCUCCGCAAGGUCACUGAGCGUCUUGACUUGAGCCAGCUUUCCGUCGUCACAUCACCCGAGGUCAUCAACAGAGUGCCCAGCCCCAACUCGGACCCCUCGCAAACCAUUACCCAGGCUUACUUAUGGCCUCGUGUUGGCAACUACCUUCGCGAGAAUGACAUCGUUGUCACCGAGACCGGAACGGCCAACUUCGGUAUCUGGGACACCAAAUUCCCUGCUGGGGUCACAGCUUUGAGUCAGGUCUUCUGGGGAAGUAUCGGUUGGUCUGUCGGUGCUGCCCAAGGUGCUGCUCUCGCAGCCAAGGAUGCGGGAGAGGACCGCAGGACAAUUCUCUUCGUCGGCGACGGAUCAUUCCAACUUACGGCCCAGGAGGUCACUAACAUGUUGCGCCACGGCUUGAAGACGACAAUCUUCGUCAUCUGCAACGAUGGAUACACCAUCGAGCGCUUCAUCCACGGCAUGGAGGCCGAGUACAACGACAUUGUCCAGUGGCAGUACAAGGAACUUGCGACAGUGUUCGGCGGUACCGAGCAGACAGCCAAGAAAUUCGUCGUCAAGACAAAGGAUGAACUUGAGAAGCUCCUGACUGACCAGGAGUUCAACAACCCCACAACACUACAGUUUGUCGAGCUCUACCUCCCCAAGGAGGAUGCGCCAAGAGCAUUGAUCAUGACUGCUGAGGCCAGCGCUAGAAACAACGCCAAGGUCGAGUAA